AUGCGUUCCAAGUUUAAGGACGAGCACCCCUUCGAGAAGCGCAAGGCAGAGGCCGAGCGCAUCCGCCAGAAAUACGCAGAUCGUAUCCCGGUGAUUUGCGAGAAAGUCGAGAAAUCGGAUAUCGCGACCAUCGACAAGAAGAAAUAUCUUGUACCGGCCGACCUCACCGUCGGGCAGUUCGUUUACGUCAUCCGCAAGCGCAUCAAGCUUUCUCCUGAGAAAGCCAUCUUCAUCUUCGUGGACGAGGUCCUGCCACCCACAGCUGCGCUCAUGAGCAGCAUCUACGAAGAGCACAAGGAUGAAGAUGGGUUCCUUUACAUCACCUAUUCGGGGGAGAACACUUUCGGUGAAUAUUUCAUUUUUGCGGCGGCGCCGGAUGAGCGGGUGAGGGAUAUGGUCGACCAAUCCGCAAUGCGACAAACGGCGGAGCCAGGCUUUGCGGCAAGAUUAAUUCCUCUUUUGUGCUGGCGUUUAUCCGGAGUUCUCAAUCGAUUUAUGAACGUGCUUAGCAGACGUUUCGCAGUCCUUCUGAUUUGA